AUGAUGACGUGCCGUCUGCUGUGCGCCCUGUUGGUGCUUGCCCUGUGCUGCUGCCCGUACGUGUGCGUGCCAACAAGGGAAGGUGAAGUUGGUGAAUCCGGUUCAAAGGAUGGCGAGAAAGGGGAACCAGGUCAGGAGACGGAUCCGCAGAGUGUAACUUCUCCUUUGCCACAGACAAGAGAGGAGAUGGAAGGGAAGGAGGAACAGAAACCAAAUACGCCGACUCAUACGUCACAGGUAACGGCUACAGUAAACGGAACGGCAGAGUCACAAAAUACUUCCAAUAAUACACAGGAUCAAGAACACGAAGAUGGUCAAUCCACUGAGGAAGGGACUGAAAAUACGAACACUAACAAGUCAAAUGAACAACAUAAGGAAUCAAAUGCACCAACUACGACCACGACGACCACAACAACGGCCACUGCGCCCGAGGCGCCAACGACGACGACCACCCGCGCACCGUCACGUCUUCGCGAAAUCGACGGCAGCCUCAGCAGCUCUGCGUGGGUGUGUGCCCCGCUGCUGCUCGCCUUAUCCGCGCUGGCGUACACCACUAUGGGCUGA